AUGCCGUUCUGGAAGAAUUUCAUCUACACUAAGCCGGAGGUGGACGACGAUGAUUUGCCGCUGCCGGUGUACCGCCUCUUCGACGAUGACGGCAAUAUGAAGGAGGAAGGCGUAGCGACGGCGGUGGUCGCUGCGUGGCGCCGGUCAUCGACAUCCUCCAUCGCAUCCGCGAACGCGAAGAAGUCGCCGCCAGUGUCGCAGAAAAAGUACGCGUCUCUGCUCAAGUCUGCCGCGACCAAGCCAGCGACUCCUACCAAGAAGACCGACUUGAAGGGCUCCUCCCACUCUCCCACCAAGGCCGCGUCUUCCUCCCCAUCCCGCCGCAAGUCGGAGGCCAGGUCACCAGCUAAGUCGCCGGCGCGUGCCACCUCUCCAGAGCCAGAACCUGUGACUUCUGUGAGCAGCACGCCGCGCAAGGCAGGCCCAAGGAAGGCCUUGGUCAAGAAGAACUCUCCCAGGAAGUCGUCAUCGAGGCUAACGUCGCCGAAGAAGGCGGCAUCCCGAUCCCCUGCCCGCGCGCGCUCUCCCUUGCCGGCGAAGCCCAAGCCCGCGGCAAAGACGCCAGCUGGCCGUCGGCGUUCUCGUUCCCGCUCGAACUCUCGGGUUAGGGCCGUGGCGGCGCCAUCUAAGAUGCCCAGUCCAAAGUGGUCCCUCGCUGCGUUGAAGGAGUUCGCCAAGGACAACUCGAUUCAGUUGAAGGGGGCCCACACAAAAGCUACCAUCCUCAGCGCUAUCCACGGCACCUCGUAA